GAUUAAUGUUAUAACUGUUUUCCAAAGGCCAAGAUGAGGGGAUGGAAAUGCGAGUCAUCGAAGAAGUUCUAAUCCAUCGAGAAGCAGAGAGUGAUGACAGCGAUGACAUUGAUGACGAACCGAAAGAUCAAAGUGAGCAUGAGCAAAACGCAGAGCAGACCGAUCGUGAAGAGCCUGGCGAGAGAGAUGAGACUGAACAGGAUGAAAAACCAGAGGAUGACCAAGAAGGACAAUCAGAGCAGAGAGACGAACCUGAAAAACGAGAAGAAGAAUCUGAAGAACAACAUGAGGAUGACAUGGAAAAUGAGCCUGACAUACAAGAAGAAGAAUCGAAAAACGACUGCAAAGAAUCCAAAGGACACGUUGAAGAUAACAUUGAAGAUGAGCCUGACAAACAAGAUGAAGAACCUAAAAAGGACUUGGAAGAAUCUGAGAAGCAAGAUGAAGAUGGCAUGGACGGGGAAGCUGGGGAAGACGAGCAGUUUAUCGCGAAUAAGGAUAAACACAAAGUACAUGAAAAUCUCCCAGCAGCCUCAGGGCGAGAGUCUCCAAGAGCACCGCUGGCCACGUUUGACGAUGACAGCGACCUUGAUCAGUUUUACGAAGCGAUCGAUGGCGUAAAAGAAACGAGUGUGUAAUCAAUAACACUGUAUUCUCAGAGUAGUGCAUUCUUUGUGAAAAAAAUUUAAUUUGGAAUUGAUUAAGUAGUUACCUGCAGUAGUUUUCCUUAAUAGCGUCAAAAUACAGUUGCCUUACGGUUAUCAAUUCAAGAGGUCAUUUUAAAAGACCGGCAGAUCAAGUUACCCAUAACAUUUAUCUCUAAGGGUUUUUCCUUGAUAAGUAGCUAACCUUUGAGUAGUCUUUUAUAAAAUUAUUUCAGAUGUAGAUUGAAUUUUAGUUCAGUUAGUGCUAAGUGUAGAACAAUUAGCAGCAUAUGGAGUUGUUUAAUAUAUAGGGUCUGAUCUGAACAGCAGGCAAACUUAAUGGGCUGCUAGGGAAAAGAUUACUUUCACCCCUUAUUUACAUGUCAGUUGUUAAAAAUGGUAUGAUUUUAAGUAGACUGCUGUGUUUUUUGGCAUUGCUAAGCCAUAAAUCAUAUUUAUUCAAUCUAACGCUGAUAUCAGUAGAUGGCUCUGUUGUAUUACAUUGCUAGGCGAUGAAUCGUAAUUAUUCAAUUGAAACCUG